CAACAUUAUUGGCAGCACGCGCACUGUGAAGAUUUCUAAUUAACAGAAGUCGCGUAGUCUCGGACGUUCCAAUACGAGAGAGAAAUAACGGAAUUAUUCCGCAUAAACCACAGAGAUGUUAUCGGUCGGGGCGUUCGGGAAAUACCGUGUCUAAAUGAGCUACAGCUGUGUUUUGAUAGAAUCAAAAGGUGAAAAUGUGAUUAUUAUUGCAUAUUAAUAUUGGUGCCUAUUUUCCGGUUUAUUGUUUACAGGAUUGUUAAUUGGAGUUAUGUUUUUGCAGAUAGGUAAUAGCAAAGGGGAAUUAGUUCAUAUUCGUUCGGACGUCAGCGCGUAAGGAUUAUAGUUUGUCGAAAAAAAUGUGACUUUAGUUGUAUGGAAUAAAUUCGUCAUGUGUUGUUGCAAAAGGUGUAAAUGGAAUAAUGGAAUAAUGUCCCGACACUGCUCUUAGCCUUCAGAUAAAUUUAUUGUACCAAAAAUGCUGUACUGCCUUGAGUCUUAUCAGUUUGUGCAAAAUGAUUAUAGAUUUUAAAAAUUCGUAUUCUUCAGGCAGAUAUAAUUUGUAUCUUUAUAAAGUGCUUUUUAUGCAAUUCGUUAAUUAAAUUGUGGAUUUUGGAUUUUGUUCGACUAGUAGUUCAAGGUCAUUGUGUGGAGAAAAUUUUGACCUUGACCCAGAUAUGACGGAGGUAGAGACGGAAUUGGACAGUCGCUAUGACGAUGUAGAUGUUGACAGUAUUCUUGCGCGCUGCCGGAGACAGGGUCCUAUUAAAUUUUCCAGGAAGCGGUGUUUAUAUCAAGCCCCAGAAUUCAUCAAAAGACUUCCGGCUACAGAAGAAGUUGAAGAGGGCAGUACCGUCACUUUCGCGUGCAAGGUUGUUGGUUUUCCGGUGCCUACUAUCACGUGGUACAAAGAUGAAGAAGUUCUUGGUUCAGACGCACGUGCGAAGACAGACUUUGAGGACUCUGGGAUACAUUCCAUCAAAAUCAAAGACGUGUCUAAAUGCGAUGCGGGAAUUUAUAAAAUUCACGCUUCAAAUUUAGAAGGUUCGUCCAAAAGUAUGCUGUAUAUAUCAGUAAAAGCAAAAUCUAAACGGCGAAAUAAAAAGAAAACAAAGAGGUCAGGAAAUGUUGUGUCUAUACCCCCUUUCCCCGCCAUUAUUGAACGUGUGGCUGAGGAGCAGAAAGAGACGCUAGAGAAUGAACAUCAACCCGAGUCACCUUUGACCCCGCUCUACUGUACUAUUUCGAGAAAGGCUCCAGUAAUGUGGCCAGCCUUUCUAGGGGACUGGGCGUACAACCUAGACGAAGCGCUACAAAGAGGUGAAAUAGAAGAGUUUGAUGUUGGGAGUGAAGACGUUUUCGACACAGUAGCGGAUGACACAAGUACAGAAAGUCUAACUUUUGUCAGCACGGCCUAUGCACAGAUGUAUGAUCCUGCGACAGAACCUAGCAAAAAGUAUGCACAAAACAACGUGUGUUUCGGGCUUCCUAAUGAAACAGUGUGUGACACGGAAGACAUCGUUCACAAUUCUUGUACAAAUAAUAAAGAGAAAGAAACAGUUAGCAAUUGUUCUGUACCAAAUGAAGUACCGAAUGAUCAUAAUGUAACAACAGUUAAUCAUGAAACUAUAUCAGCAUCAAAUGAGACGGUCUGUGAUAUCUUUAAUAAUAAUGACAAAGAAGUUACACCCACAUAUGAACGCAAUGGUUGGACGCACACAGAGGAGUCACGUGAUAUGCAAAAUACACAUCAAACUGAGGUUAAACAAAUGUUUUGUGAUCCAAAUACAAUAGCUUCAAUAUCUGUACAUAGGUCUUAUGCAAAGGGUGAUUCUACUUCUAGUGUCGCGAGAAGAAGCCCUUCUCCAUUUUCGAAGUCGCGAAAUCUAAUGACAUGUGCGCACAACGGAACAUACGACUUUACUGACACUACUACCUUACAAAAUUUGAACAAUGAACGUAUUUUACAUAGAAUGAAUCAAAAGUCGACUUGUUAUCAUAGGUGCUGGUGUUUAUUCCGGUCAGUUGCAACUGCCACAAACUGGGAAGAUUAUUUAGCGGAAAUUAUUCUAUUAAUUUGCGGAAGUACUUUCCUGGCCUUAUGUUUUGACCUCGCUCCAAUGACUUUUAUUAUUGAUAUCGUCAUAGCUAUGUUUGUUAAGCUAGUGCUUUCUUUGGUCCUUUAUGAUAUUUAGGGUGGCUAGGUAAUCUCAGCGAAAUAUUAUUAUGAGGGAGUACCUUGACAUUAGUGAUAAAACAUUUUGUUACAAGCUUUAAUUUGGUUUUCAUGUUUCCACAUUUCGCAGUGAAACAUGCAUAGGGACUUGAAACAAAAUUGUUUUCAGCAAAGAAACAUACAUCACCGUUAUUCUAUAACAUUAUCAUAGAAAAAUGUUAUGCACUUUCUCCAGCAAGACAUAAUUUGAUUGUUGUUAUCCUAUAGGACGAAAUAGUACAUACAGAGUAGACAUAUGGGUGUAUUCAACUUAUAUUAAUGGUAUGUGUGUAGCCCUCCGAGAAGUUAUCAGACAUCAGUGUUUGUAUUACUUUGUCUGGCUUGUAUCAUAGCCAAUAAAAAAGGGCAAUGUGUAUAUUCGUUGUUGACUUAACAAGGUCUGGUCGAUGAGAGAGAGAGAAAGAGAGAGAGAGAAAGAAAGAGUAUUUAAGUACCAACACUGCUAGUUUGAAAACUCAAGUACACUCCCUUUUACUUGACAUUUUAUUUAAUGAAAUGCCUGAAGAGUUACAUUUGAUCAGAACCAUGACGCUAUGAUACAAAUUUCAAAUACACAAAACGUUACAUUUUUGUUUUAAAGAAAAGUGUAAUACCGCAGAUAUUAGGACUACUUUAACGUGGUUUCACUUUAGCAACAGUAUUAGAGAGAAAUAUAGGGCUUUAUAUUCGUAAAUGUUUGUUUGAUGUGUUAUAACUAAAAUCGAUUUGCCUUUUAAUAUUGCAUUAUGUUUGAAUAAAAAUCAGUGCAAGA